AUGGGAGACCUGCGGCUGCUCCUUCUCCUGCCCCUGUCCCUGGCAGCCUUCCAUGGGGUCAAAGGCUGUUUGGAAUGUGACCCCAAAUUCAUCGAGGAAGUUAAAUCCUUGCUUGGAAAGCUGGUACCCCCAGAAGUCCCUGGCCGAACUCAUCUGCUUGAACGGCAGAUGAAAGAGAUGAUCAGUUUAAGCUUCAAGGUCUCCCACAGGGACAAGAUGCUUCGGGUGUUGGCUGUUCAGAAGGUUGUCGAUUUGAGAACAUGGCUGAAGAAUGAACUUGAUAAACUGAGCAAGGAAACAUGGAAAGGUGUCUUUAUCCUUCAAGGCAGGCUUCUCGAUAUCCGCAAAAACGUGGACUCCAAACUGGAAAAACUAUUAAAGACAUUCUCUGAAAUUGUCGUGACUGAAGGUCCUAUCCUGGAUUGUUGGACGUGUCUUCGCAUCACCUCUCGAUGUUUCAAAGGAGAAUAUUGUGAAGAGGAUGAUCCAAAGAAGGCUGAGAAUCGAGAAAUUGGACUAUUUCUGAUAUUAUUAGCAGAAGUUGUAAUAUUGGGAGGUGUUUUGCUACUAUUCCAUUUUUGCAUCACUCACCGGAGGAAAAUGAAGGCAAUACGAAGGUCAUUAAAGAAAUACUUGGAGAAUAAACUUGAAGAAUUAAUGGGAAUAACGGACGAGAAGGAGAAAGAUUUCAGAGGCAGAGAAUAA